ACGGGCGGGCGAAAUUACGUGAGAGAAAGAACCUCAGAUUGAUGGAGUCCGCCGUCGGACAGAAUAGCACUACUUAGUGACUAGGAGCGGAGCGCCCCUUUCUUGUUCUUGGUGGCGUCUAUAGCGAAGAAGACCUUCCCGAACGAGGGCCGUCCAGUCCCUGGCCGGCUCUCGGUUCUUGAGCAAGCUCCUCCACUGCGGGUAGGAUGCUUAUAGAUGAAGAAAAGAGACUUUAGGCAAGUGGUUCUGGUAGCUCAGCUGGUUAGAGCAAAGGACUGAAAAUCCUUUUUUGCUUGUUUCAGUGGGAAGAGCAAGGGGCAUUGCCCUUUAAAUCCUUCAGUGGUUCGAAUCCACAUCUGAGCGUCUUUUUUUUUCGGUAUGCCGCUCCGCGAGCAAGGAGCGCCGCGAGGAGAGCGAGAGAACGAAGUGGGCUUUGGUGAUGUCGGAAUUUGCACCUAUUUUUAUCUAUUUAGUGAUCAGUCCGCUAGUUUCUUUGAUUCCACUCGGUGUUCCUUUUCCAUUUGCUUCCAAUAGUUCGACCUAUCCAGAAAAAUUGUCGGCCUACGAAUGUGGUUUCGAUCCCUCCGGUGAUGCCAGAAGUCGUUUCGAUAUACGAUUUUAUCCGGUUCCUAUUUUAUUUAUUAUCCCUGAUCCGGAAGUCACCUUUUCUUUUCCUUGGGCAGUACCUCCUAACAAGAUUGAUCUGUUUGGAUCUUGGUCCAUGAUGGCCUUUUUAUUGAUUUUGACGAUUGGAUCUCUCUAUGAAUGGAAAAGGGGUGCUUCGGAUCGGGAGUAACCACUAGUGAAAGGGCUAAGGGGGGAAGGACAUAGGAAAGAAGGAUGCCUACAAAAAAUCAAUUGAUUCGUCAUGGUAGAGAAGAAAAACGGCGCACGGACCGUACUCGAGCUUCGGAUCAAUGUCCCCAGAAGCAAGGAGUAUGCCUGCGUGUUUCGACGAGAACACCGAAAAAACCUAAUUCAGCUCUACGUAAGAUAGCAAAAGUACGGUUGAGCAAUCGACAUGAUAUAUUUGCUCACAUUCCAGGCGAAGGUCAUAAUUCGCAGGAACAUUCUAUAGUCUUAGUCAGAGGAGGUAGAGUGAAAGAUUCGCCAGGUGUGAAAUCCCAUCGUAUUCGAGGAGUCAAGGAUUUGCUGGGAAUUCCGGAUCGUAGAAAGGGAAGAUCUAAAUAUGGUGCAGAAAGACCAAAAUCGAAAUGAAUGGAAGAUGCCUCUGGAACUUUUUGGUUCUUUU